UGAUUUUAGGGUGGGCAUGGCCAAACCUUUCUUCAGCCUACAGAAAUUUCUAAGGCGAGCCCAGUUUUUUCUCUUCUUUCUCACUGUUGCUUAUCUAAUGGCUGGAAGUUUGCUUCUUUUACAAAGAUCUUAUUUGGUUAUCCAGCAAAGUAACCGAGGAACUGUAGGCAAUCUGGGUUUAUCAGCUGACAGUGUUGGUGAUCAGUAUAUUGAUCACAGGAUGGUUCCGAAAGGAUUGGCAAAAUUACACGCUAAAAAAUUACUCACUCAAAGACAUGGAGUAAUAGAUCAGCCACUUUGGCUGAUUACACGCAACUCUGAACUGAGACAACUAAGAAGAAGAUGGUUUCACAAUUUUGUAAAAGAUCAGGAUCCUUCUCUUGGCACACCAUCCAAAGUAGUGAAGCACAUGCUGGUCAACAAAGGAACAUAUGUUGGAUGCUUUGUUGAUAACGCAGAGAAAAGAACCCUCAAAGCUACAGUAUUCUUUGAUCUUCGGAAAAUGACUGUAAGUCACUGCCAGGACGCUUGUGCAGAAAGGACAUACAUUUAUGCUGGUUUAGCAUAUGGAUCUGAAUGUUACUGUGGAAACCAUUUGCCUCUAAAUAGAGCGAAGGAAGAAGAGUGUAACAAUGAAUGUAAAGGAGAGAAAGGGUCUGUGUGUGGAGGUGUCAACCGACUGUCUGUCUUCAGGUUGGAGGAUCUACACGUAUCAGCUAAGCAAAGGAGGAAUGUUACCUACCGAGGAUGCUUCAGAGCCCCAGAAAAUGUAACAAGGAUUUUUCCUGUCUCAUUUCCAAAUCUUACUGUUGAAAUGUGCUCAGAAUUCUGCUCUGAUAAAGAAUAUCCUUUAGCAAUUGUGAAAUGGACAGAAUGCUUCUGUGGCUACCCAACGGGUCAGUUUAAUCUUUAUGAACCCCUGGAUGAAUCGCUCUGUGCUGGGUACCUAAAUGGCACUAAUGAAUCAGAGGCACUAAGGGAAGAGAAUUACUGCUCUGUUUAUCAGACACCUAUUCAAGAUACCAGGUGCACCGACAGGAAAUUCCUUCCAAUCAAAUCUAAAGUUUUUAUUGCUUUAUCAAGCUUCCCCGGGGCAGGAAACACAUGGGUGAGACACCUUAUAGAGCAUGCCACAGGAUAUUAUACUGGAAGCUACUAUUUUGACGGAACAUUGUAUAACAAAGGCUUUAAAGGGGAAAAGGAUCACUGGCGAAGUGGACGGACUAUAUGUGUGAAGACUCAUGAAAGUGGCAAGAGAGAAAUAGAAAUGUAUGAUUCCUCUAUUUUACUAAUCAGGAAUCCUUACAAAGCUCUGAUUGCAGAGUUCAACCGGAAAUGUGGAGGCCACCUUGGCUAUGCAACAGAGAAGCACUGGACGAGUAGAGAGUGGCCAGAAUUUGUUAAUAGUUAUGCAUCAUGGUGGGCCUCACAUGCUCUAGAUUGGCUCCAGUAUGGGAGGAAACUUCUUGUAGUACACUAUGAAGACCUAAAGAUGGACCUUAUUGGUAAAUUAAGAGAAAUGUUGGCCUUUCUCAAAGUGCCCAUAAAUGAAGACCGCCUGCUUUGUGUGGAAAACAAUAAGGAUGGUAACUUCAAACGAUUAGGUUCCAGUCAGUCAUCCUUGGAGCCUUUUACUCAAGAAAUGAAGAAUGUCAUUGAUGGAUAUAUCAGGACGGUAGACAAGGCACUUAAGGCUAGAAACUUUUCAGGUUUGCCCGAAGAAUACAUGCCAAGAUGAUAUCUAGUAACAGACAAGUUUUUGCCUUUCGUGGACUUUAAACAACACAAAGCUGCAAAAUAUCUGCAGUUGUAUAUUGGUUGUAAGCCAAGGCAGAAACCAUUAGCAUCAAUGUGUGUAUUUUUCUUUUUUUUUUGUACAGAUGGCUGGAAGUUUUACAUUUGUACAUCAUGUUUUUGGAGAGGUUAUUUUGUUCAUCUUUACUGUCUUUUAGCAAUACCUUUCAGAAGUAGUUUCAUCUUUAAGUCUCAGAGCUUGAAAUCUGUCAGACUUGCUUUGUGUAAAAUGAAUAAAGGAGCAGGAUACAGCAUAUUUUCUUUAAAAUG